GACGGGUGAGCCCAGCUGCUCUCGGUUGCUACAGCAGCAUCUUGUGAUAUGUAACGUUCCCAAGAAAGAUGGAGGAAUUUGAAGUUGAAUCUCCUGUAACUGAGGAUCUGCUGCCUUGCAAAAUAUGUGGAAGGAGGUUUUUUUCAAAAGUUCUUAAGAAGCAUGUGCCCAUCUGCCAGAAAUCAUCAGCAAAGAAACGCAAGGUGUUUGAUUCCAGCAGGCAGAGGGCAGAGGGCACAGACAUUUCUACAUUGAAACCCCUCAAGCCAAAGUUACAAAGUUCUUCCAGCAGCUCGCAGUCUGCUAAACCUGAACCACCCAAAAAACAGUCCAACUGGCGGCGCAAGCAUGAGGAAUUCAUCGCCACAAUCCGCGCUGCUAAAGGCUUAAAUCAAGUCAUGAAGGAUGGCGGACCCUUGCCCCCACCACCUCCCCCUUCGUAUGACCCAGAUUAUAUCCAGUGCCCAUACUGUCAGAGGCGGUUUAGUGAAAAUGCAGCAGACAGGCAUAUCAAAUUCUGCAAGGAACAGGCAUCUCGCAUUUCCAACAAGGGCAAGUUCCCGGGAAGUGAGAAAGCCAAGCCCCCAGCCAGGAGCCAGUACAAAACCCCCGCAGUGAAGAAGGCAAAUACGGUAUCGUCUGUGACUUCCUCUCGCCUGCCCCAGCGCUCAGCCUAUGGACCCUCUUCAGGAGCAGUGAUCCCCGGCAGUAAGAUCUCUGUUGGCACAGUGCGAAAUAUGUCGUCCGGCUACUCACCAUCCCGUGCCCCCACUGGCGGCCUGUCCAGUCCUCCCUCUGGAGUUAACGUGAAGCCCAAAGGAGUAGCUGCUCAGAGCUCUGUGAAGAACUCCGGAAUAGGGGCAAACAAAAAGAAGGUCUACAAUGCCGACAACUAUAAUUCAAGGAAUGAAGCCAAUAUCGAGAGUGAGGUGGACUACUCCGCACAGGGGACCAAGUUCUGCCACGAGUGUGGGACCAAGUACCCAGUGGAGUGGGCUAAGUUCUGCUGUGAGUGUGGGGUGAGAAGGAUGUGCAUUUAGAGACAGAGAGCGAUGGUGAGAGUGACAGUGAGGGAGAUCGAGCAGUAAUGAUACUGAGCUCUUCCUUCCAUCAUGGUGCAUUCCCUUUCUUGGAUUUUGAUUCUUCUUUUUCUUUCUUUCAUUUAUUUAAAUCUGUUUUUUGUUGUUGUUGUUGUUGUUGUUGUUUAUCAUUGAAGUGCAAUAUGAUGGGCGACUGAUUCAAAAAAUGAAUGUAAUUAUUUUUUUAAAAUCUCAGUUUGCCCGUAACAGGUUACCCAUGGCCAGAAUUAAGAAAGUUUUAAAAGUGGAGCGCAUCACAAAUUUUCAAUCGAUUCAAGUGGCUUGUAAAGUCCAUAUCCUGGUAACUACAGCUCUUUUGAAAGGAAAAAGGGCAAUGGAAGUAUUCUAGCUUAAUUUAUAAUGUGUUAUUUAUUAUCAUAAAAUUGAUUAGCUAAAAAAACUUAGAAAUAAUGCUUAAACUAGGCAAUUCAGUUUUGUAUUAACUUUGUGUUUUAUAUGUUCUUAAUGCUUAUAUGUUAUAUUCUUAGUAUCUUUAUUUGUGCUGAGAUGUAUGAGAAGUACAUUUACCACGUAGGAGCAAUCUACAGGCUUUAUCCUGCUUCAUCUGCAAGCAUAUUCAAACAGCGCCACCAACGCACGCUUCACAAUCUCAACCUAAAGGCAAGGGCUGUGACCCACCCUGGCCACAGCAUGUGCGUGCAAAGAGCAACAUUUACUGCCUGCUCCAUUGCUCCUGCACCCUUCAUAAGCUGUCCUAGCUGCACAGCAGAGGUCAUUCCCUCGUUAGUUUACAUGAGGUCAGCUUCAUAAGGGCUUGGUUUCAGCCCUCUGAGGCCAACGGAACGCAAUCCCUAGCUAGCACCUCAUGCUGCUGUUACAAGCCUCCCAGCAGCACGAUCCUGUCGAGCAUCUGCCCUCUGACCACUGUGUUUAACGUUUGUGCAGAAGCCAACAGGCACAGGUCACCGCUGAUGGGCUGGAUGCUGGCAAUAGAUUUGUCAUUCUGUGCAUAGAAUGUAAAAUGCAUUUAAAAUCAUUCUCAAAUAAACACUGAUGUGAGUGAU